GCAGCGGUGAAAGCUCUGUAUUUCCUCAAGCGGCCUGCCGACGGUGCGCGUGUCAUACGACGCUCAAUGUUCAAAACCGUGCCAAAACCUCAACAGCACAUUUCGGAAUCUUUCUCGUAAAUGCAGCUGACGUGUCCUUAAACGCCACGUGAAAACUGGUGGUUAAGUCCAACACCAAGAAUUUCUAUUGUGAACGCGACCACAGGCGGUGCAGAAGAAGGCGACACCAGAGGGUUCAGCUUAGUUCGUCUACCACCCCUGCCUAAAAUGGCACUUACUGUGUACGGAGUAAUACUACUUAUCUUGCCUAUUGCUGUGGUAUUUCCGACAAGCCAAGCCAUAGAGUUUUACAGUAUUGGCGGGAUCUUCGAUGACGGGCCUCCCCCGAAUCCGGAGCGCCUGAUCUUCGUCCAGUCGGUCAUCUGCAACAACAUCCGCUGUAACAGGUCCGAGGAGCGUCCGUUCCAAGCUGCCGCCCGCCUCCAGCACACGAAGCUGGCCAACAACGCAGCUGUGCUCCAGACAAUGUGUGUACUGCUGGCGAACAAUGCCACCCUCACUGUGGGCGUGGCUGACCUGGACGUUGUCAACAUGAUUGCUACGGCCAGUAAGCAGAUAAAAGUUCCCUUCAUCACGCCCAGUUUUGCUCUGAAGGAGUCCUUCCCAGAUAUGAAGUUCGACUACGUGGUGUCCUUGCGCCCCUCCCUGAUCCAACCCCUACUAGACCUGCUGGAUUACAACCAUUGGAAGCAGUUUGCUUACAUUUACGAUGGCAAACGAGGCAUGAGACGAGCUGACACUCUCAUGCGGAUUUUCCCGCGCUAUGGCUACGAUGUGACCUUUAAGCAUCUCCGCAUGGAGGAGCCCAUUACUGAGACACUGAAGAACAUGCGAGACAGUGGCAGACACCACAUCAUCUUCGAUCUCUCUUUAGAAGCAUCUGAGAGGGCGCUCAGAAAGCUGCAGGCCAAUGACCUCGGAAUGGUGACGGCGUCAUAUCAUUACAUAUUCAUGGACUUGGACAUAGGGGAAAUUGACAUGAAUCAGUUCCAGCUAGGGGGUCUCAAUCUCACUGGUUUCCGGCUCCUGGACAAGGAGAGUGAUGUUUACCAAGACUUUAUCGUGGACUGGCGUUCCUGUGUAAGGAAUAACUCGUACAUCGAUGUGGACACCAAAUAUUUCCACUUGAGCAAUCCGGCCUUAUCAUUGGACAUGAUGGAAGUAGCCUUGGAAGCUUUAAACAAGUUCCGGUUGGAUAAGAGAGAAAGUGUGAAGAAGAAAGAGCGAACUCGAACCUGUAAACUGGGAAUGUCGUCGGCACUUGUCCCGAGCAGUGAAGGCCCUAUCCUGAUUAACAUCAUCAAGAAGGUGAAGUAUCAAGGAUUGACUGGCAACAUAGAGUUUGACAGCCAAGGAGAUCGCGUCAACUACUCGGUGCAAAUACUUGGUUUGAGACAAACUGGUUUAGAGAAGAUUGGGACAUGGAACGGCCAGAACGAGAACAGGCUCACCUUUGAUACCUUCACAGAUGACGAAACUUCAACAGAUGCUAUGAGUGGCCGGAUUUAUACCAUCACAUCAAUUCUGAGCCCACCGUUCUUGAUGCUUAAACCUGAUGCCGAUCAACGCAGGGGAAUCGACAAGUACAAAGGAUACUGCGUAGAUCUCCUGGAGGAGAUUGCAAAAGUUUACAGGAAUAAACAUUCCACAUUCAGAUAUAAAAUUAAGCUGGUGGCAGACGGCGAGUAUGGCACACAGAUGGAGAACGGCAAAUGGAAUGGGAUGGUUGGCGAGCUCAUGUACGGGAAAGCAGACAUCGCAGUGGCCCCUCUGACCAUCAACGUACAGCGGGAGCGAGUGGUGGGUUUCACGAAGCCCUUCAUGAGCCUCGGCGUCAGUAUCAUGAUCAAGAAACCUCAGGACAACCAGCCCGGAGUCUUCACCUUCAUGCAGCCGCUGGCGCCAGAGAUCUGGAUGAGCGUGUUCUUUGCUUGUGUUAUUGUCAGUGUCGUACUUUUCCAGGUGAGCCGCUUCAGCCCCAAGGAAUGGCAUCGCGUGGAGCAUCCUCCCCCUACUCCUUCUGGCAUAGGGGAGUUCUCCCUCAACAAUCCCAGCGAGCGGUUUGUCACUGAAGACCGGGAGGAGACAGAGAACGACUUUGGGAUCUUCAACAGUUUGUGGUUCACGGUGGGGGCUCUCAUGCAGCAGGGUUGUGAGCUGUGCCCAAGAUCGUUUUCGGGGCGGCUGACUGGCAGUGUCUGGUGGUUUUUCACCCUCAUCCUAGUCUCCUCCUACACGGCCAACCUGGCCGCCUUCCUGACGGCCAAGCGCAUGGUCAUGCCCAUCUCCUCUGCCUCUGAUCUGGCUGAGCAGACCUCCAUUACCUACGGCACUUUGGCCUCUGGAGCCUCUGAGACGUUUUUCAAGACAUCUUCGGUGCCCAUCUACCGCCACAUGUGGGAGUUCAUGUCCAAUUCGGAGGACAUGCCCUUUGCCAACACGACGGAGGAGGGCGUAGAGCGGGUGCGCAAGUCUAACGGCAAGUACGCUUUCCUGCUGGAGUCGGCCAUGAACGACUACUACAACCAGCAGCCGCCCUGCAACACCAUGCGAGCGGGAAACCUGCUGGACUCCAAGAGCUACGGGAUAGGGGUCAACAAGCAGCUGGUGGACGUAAGAGAGUUUUUGACAUUGGCAAUCCUUGAGCUUCAAGAGGGAGCCAUCCUGAAUGAUCUCCAGAAGAGGUGGUGGACCUCCCAAAAUGAAUCCUGCCGAAUUCCCCCUGUUCCCGAUCACAUGACAAAGACCAGUGCGCUCAACUUGGAAACCUUGGCAGGAAUAUUCUACAUUCUCCUGGGUGGAUUAGCAGUGGCACUCUUGGUGGCUGGAGGCAAUCUCUUCUUGAGGUCUAGACAUGAACUCAUCGCUGCAAAGAAUCGAUACAUUGCUAAACGCAAAGAACGUAUCCAAGGAAACCAAAAGAAUGUCCAGGCAAACCUCAAGGCAUGCUGUAAAGGAGCCAGCAGUCACACUCCUGUGUGAUGGCGCCCUCAACAGUUGGUAGACCAAGCCCAUUGCUGCGAACAGGAAAAGUUCCUGAGGGGGAACAAGUAGUCCCUGCAUCUUUUUGAGCAAGAUGAAAUAAAAAAGAAAGAUGUGUCUAUAAGACUCAAGUGGAUAAAAUACAUUAUUGUGGUGUUAGGUCUAGCUUUGCGAUUGUAGCGGCAUGAUAAAUAAAACACUGUGCUUGUGUGUUUCUGUUGUUUUGAUUGGUUUGGUGUUGAAUUUGUGUCAGUUGCUUAACUAAGGAGAAUUAAAGAUGUGCUUUUUUGUGUGAUGAGUUCUUCCAAUUUAUACGCCAUCUUCAUAUAGUUGAAGACUGAGGUGUAUUGUUGAGUGCACAGCUUGUGGAUGGAGUGCAAAGCCUAAUUAAUUUGACAUUGGACACCCAUUAGCUAGUACAUGUAAUUGUGGAACUUUGAGUGGAUGGACUCCUCCACAGUAUACUCAAGGAGCUUGCUCCAUUCAGUUGUCAUUUUGCUUAUGAUUCGGCUGUUCUGGGUUCUCAGAAUCCCCCCCCAGCAGGCGUCACCUGGCUUGUAUUUUCAAUUUCCUUCAGAACUGAAGUGAGCAACAUUGCUCGUGCAGCCUUGCUCCGCCUGCAGCCGGUGACUCUCUAGUUGGGUACUACUGAGGGCGCCUCAGCUGCACGAAGACGACGUCACAGCCUCGGCCCUGGUCUUAGUGUCUCAAUCAGACGAUCGUCAUUGUAGAUAUAGCAUGGAAUUGUCGAUAGAUCGAACAAAUAGUGAAAUUAACAUGACGUAGAAACCUGCCCUGAAGGCAGUUGAUGAAAAUUUUAAAUUCCGGAAUCGGGGAAGGUGAAAAGUUAGAAUUUCAAAUUGUGUAAAUUUGUACGUGCAAUGUAACCCACCUGGAAGAGAGAGAAUUUAAUAGUUGCUUUCAACUGGCUUUGAAGGCACCAGAUGGCUGGCGUAUAUAUACCGUGUACAGAGUAAAUAUGCCAAGUGGCUUUGACUAUUUAUACUAGAUCAACUGCUGAUUCUACUGGUAGAAAUCUUUGUUGCACAUUUUUUUAUUGUACUGUGAGGUUCUUUAUUCUUAUACCCUUCUUCUCUGUCAAAACAGUUUCUUACGUUUGCUUUUUGAAUGACUUUUAAUUAUUCUAGUUAGCUUUAUUGUAGUUUAUUCGAAGUUGUCUGGCAAAGUGUGCAAGGUCUAGGAAGGCGUGCAAGCCGACUCCAGUGCGGCCUUCAAGUGCUGUCUGCAACUUGGGGCAUUUUGAUAGUCGUAUCUGCCAAAUCUGUAAAUGAGGAUUACCGAAGCCGACAGAAUGAAAAACGCUUCACAGACACCAGGACUCUGAUGUUGGGUUUUUGAAAUUGCGGGAAGAAAGACCCUCUAUCACAAUCUAAAGACGGUAGUCAUUCGGUGUCCUUGAUACGCCCGGAUGGCAUGACGCUGUACAUCCCGCAGGCAUUGGGAUCACAAUUGAUCCCAAAGUCCAAAUGAUCGGUCGGGGGAAUGAGCGUUAAAAUGAACAACUAUGACCGUUGAAAGAGUUGGAGCAGAAAUCAUGCUCUGUAAUGAACUCUCUGCCUAACCUCAAAAAUACAGCAAGGUUGAGCGCUGGUGGUGAGGAAUAUUAUGGCAGCGUGGUUAAACCCCCAAAAUAAGAGCACUGUCGAUGUGAGUACUUGUACCUCUCAUGGCAAGAUACAUGGACUUCAUUAAGUUUCAAUAAAGGCCUUGAAGAUGUUCAACUGCACAAUACAAAAGUUUUGAUACACGAAUGUCAGACUUGUGUCUGCCGAUAUGGAGUGGGGCUGUUGCCGACUGGCCAAGUCGCAAUUGUCUGUGUCGGUGUGGGAGUUACAAAUCCCCAUUUUCUAUGACACUAGGAGCAGCCCGGUCAUCUGCUUUGUCGUAGUUGAACUUACAUAUAUUGACACGUUGUGCUAAUACAUAUACAUGUAUUGAAAAUGUUUAUCAUAUAAAAUUGAACUCUUACCACGAUUUCUUGCGUAUCGAAUAUUCUUAACAAUGCAUUGUUAGGCAGACACGGCAACACAGGGGUAUGUGUCAAAUGCAUGUGGUUAAUUGUAUCCACUGAUUUGAUGGCGUAGUCUGUUUACGAAACUCCAUCUUAAGUUAGUUCUUUUGAUACUUUUUUUUAAGAGCCCGAACCGCUUCAAUCUUUGUAUCACCGUAUUGCACCACAGUGCUGAACGUCUGUUGAUUGUACAUUAUAGUUAGUACUGUUUGUUAGAGAAAGUUUUUAUUUUGUCUUGUGGAAAAAGUCUGAACAAAAAAUUCACCCUUCACACCAAAACCUUUCAAUCUAAUCAAUUCAGAUCUGUUGUUAUUACAUCUUGUCAAUUGCAGUAUGAAAUAAAGACAAAACAAUUCA